AUGGGAGGAGGAGGAGGAGGCGGUGACUCCAGACAGCUAGAUGUGACUCCUACAUGGGCUGUCGCCGCGGUUUGUGCGAUCAUCGUUAUCAUUUCCAUACUCUUAGAGAAACUCAUACAUAAAUUCGCAUCGGUGUUUGAAGAGAGAAAGAAGCAUGCUCUCCUAGAAGCUCUUGAAAAGAUUAAAGCUGAGCUUAUGGUUUUGGGAUUUAUUUCAUUGCUAUUAACAUUUGGACAAAACUACAUAUCAAAAGUGUGUAUUCCAGUAAAAUAUUCAAAUACUAUGCUACCAUGUCAACCCCUGGCUGAAAGGACAGCUGAUCAUCCAGGCGAACCGGCACUUGAGCCUCAAGGGACUGAACACGAGCCUACACCGAACAUACCGGCUGGAGAGGGUGAGUCUAAAGGUGAACAUCAUCGCAGGCUCUUAUCAUACGAACGUAGGUUUCUCGGCGGUGGUGGUGGAGGGCCGGGAUGUAAACCGGGGUUCACGCCUCUUAUAUCAGUGGACGGGUUACAUCAGUUACAUAUUUUCAUUUUCUUCUUGGCUGUCUUCCAUGUGAUAUUCAGUGCCAUUACAAUGACACUUGGUAGAGCAAAGAUUAAAGGUUGGAAAGAAUGGGAGCAAGACCAUUUGGUCGAUGAAGAUGCCUUGAAUGAUCCUAGAAGAUUCAGGCUUACUCAUGAGACAUCCUUUGUGAGGGAUCACAACAGUUUCUGGACAAAAACACCUGUUACUUUCUAUUUUGUAUGCUUCUUUCGACAGUUCUUAAGAUCGGUUCGAAGGGCAGACUACUUAACAAUGCGACAUGGAUUUGUUUCUGUCCAUUUAGCACCUGGAAGUAAGUUUGAUUUUCAAAAAUAUAUCAAGAGGUCAUUAGAAGAUGACUUUAAGGUAGUUGUAGGAAUCAGUCCAAUACUUUGGGCAUCAGUGGUGUUAUUUUUGCUUGUAAAUGUCCACGGUUGGCAUGCUUCAUUUUGGGUGUCUUUUCUUCCACUAGCAGUGAUUCUAGCUGUUGGAACAAAGCUUCAAGCAAUUAUAACUAGAAUGGCACUCGACAUACAAGAAAGACAUGCAGUAGUGCAGGGGAUACCUCUUGUACAAGUCUCUGACAAGUAUUUUUGGUUUGAAUGGCCUCAAUUAGUUCUUUAUCUCCUCCAUUAUGUCCUCUUUCAGAAUGCAUUUGAGCUGACCUUUUUCUGGUGGACAUGGUAUGAAUUUGGGUGGGCAUCUUGCUUUUAUGAAGAUGACAGUCUUAUGAUUGUUAGAGUUGCUCUUGGGGUGGGUGCUCAAUUUGUUUGCAGCUAUAUCACACUUCCUCUCUAUGCACUCGUCACACAGAUGGGAUCAACGAUGAAGCGGUCAAUAUUUGACGAGCAAACAUCAAAGGCAUUGCAAAACUGGCGUAAAAAUGCAAUGCAUAAGAAACCAUCAAAAGGACGCUCGAAGGAAACUCGAACAUUAGGAGGAGGAGAAGCGGGGUCACCUGUGCAUUCGCCGUUACAUGAUGAUGGCUCUGAAACCGAAUUGCAGGAGCAUAACACAGCUACUAUAGUGACCAGUGUGGAUCGUAAUGAUCACUAUGAUAACCAUGACCUCCUAAGUGGACCGUAAUUCACACUUUAUAAAUAGUACUUGCGUUUGAGUGAUUAUUUUUCA